UGCAAUAUUCUCUUAGCCUAAACUUUUACUUAACAUUAACAUAGUUAACAUCUCCUAGCUACUCUCUAGGCCUGCACAUGUAGAUUACUUAACCAAAACCUAACAUAAUUAGAUUCUCAAAAAAAGUCAUACAUGCUACACUCUUUGUUCCAAAAUGCCUACCAAACAGGUAAAUUACCGCAAUGAUAAGGCAGUGUUAAUGAAGGUAUACGUUGAGAAAUCUAAGAAGAAGAGGUCAUCAACAUCAUCAUUAAUUCAACAACAUCAUCAUCAUCAUCAUCAUCAUCAUCACCAUUAUCAUAUUCAUCACACGGUUGCACAAGAAGUAGUUGAUGGAUCAAGUUGCAAUAUUAAUAAUAAAGGAUACUAUGAUAGAAGAUCAAGGUUGCUUAUGUACUCUCGUAUACUUAGGAAUUCUGCAAGAGGAGGAGCAUCGCCCUUGCCAUUACUCCCAAACUAUUCUCAAAACAAUAAUAUUCAAAUCCAAACACAGAUGAAUUCUUCCAAGAAGAAACCAAAGCAUGCAGGCGCGUCAGCUUGCUUUGGCAAUUGGAAACUUCUAAUUCCAAGCUUCUUAAGAUCAUGGUCAAAUGAACAAAAAAAGGAGAAAAAAAAGCAAAGAAUUUCAGGAAAUGGAUUUAAAAAAUUGCAGGUAAGUAAAGGAAAAGGUUUCAUUCCAAAAUUCAUUUCAAUAUGGAAGUGUGCUUGAAGUUGAAGUUCAAUGUAUCAAAUAUUAUUGAUUUAAGCGACAACGGUAAAGAUUUGUAAAGAAGAGGAAAUUCAAUAUAUGUUUGAAUUGACGGUGAGUUCAAAACAAAAAAAAUUAUGGUGGCACUGUAAUUAUGUGAAGCUUAAAAGUAUAUUUUUUUUUAGCCUUGCUA